UUUGAUCACGUAAAAUAAGUUGCGCCAACUGGUCUAACUCAACGAGCAAGAGUUUCAGGCAACGUAGAAAUCGUAUGCAGCGACUUGCGAGCGGCUUGCGAGGUUUGUCGCCAUCUAUUCCCAGAACCCUCCCAGGACUAAAUACAGCGCCUCGCUCUUUCCGAGUACGCUCUGGCCUGUGCCUCGCGGACCCAAAACCAUCGACCAGGUCAGGUCCUGCGUUGGCGAGUCGCAGAACCAUGGCAGACGAAACGGGUAUCGUAAAGCAGGCCGUGCUCGAGUUCCUGAAGACGGCCGACAUGAAUGUAACAACGGAGCGCACAGUCCUGAAUCACCUGGCGGCCACGCUGCAGCUAAGCCAGGAGGUCAAGGCGUACAAGGCGGUCGUGUCGGCCACGAUUGACGACUACCUAUCGGCUCUGGAUGACGCCGAGGAUGAGGAGGAAGCCGCGGAGCAAGAGGAGGAGGAGGACGCAGGCGCAGCCAAGGCAGGCGGCCGCAAGCGCGCCGGCGGCGCAGCCGGCGGCGCUGCCGCUAAGAAGAGCCGCAGCAGCAGUGGCGCCGCUGGCGGCGGCGGCGACGACGUGCUGCUGCACGUGGACCUGAGCGAGCGGCGCAAGGCGCGUGUACGGCGCUACGAGGGGCGGCUGCACGUUGAUGUACGGGAGUUCUACAAGAAGGACGGCGAGGACGCGCCCACACAGAAGGGGCUGUCCAUGGACCCGGGGCAGUGGGCCCGACUGGCGCGGGAGCUGCCGCGGCUGGUGGCGGCGCAGCGGGCGGGCGCUGCAGGCGGCGGCGGCGGCGAGGUGCCGCCGGCGCAGCUGGCCAAGACUCGGCUGGCCUCCGUCAGCGAGUUCAAGGGCACUUACUACCUAGGGUUGCGCGAGUACUACGAGAAGGAUGGCCAGCUGCUGCCGGGCAAGAAGGGCGUGAGCCUGAACCCCUCGGAAGCGGAGGCCCUGCUCGCCGCCGCCGCCGCCAUCACCACUGCCGCCGGCGGCGUGCCGGCCGACCUGCCGCCGCUCGAGCCCUCUGCACUGCUGCCCACCGCCGGCUCCGGCUCCGCAGCCUCCGGGGCCACUGCCAAAGCCAGCGCGAGCGCGGGGCCCUCCAAGGCGGCGGCGGCGGCAGCAGCGGCGCCAGCGGCCGGUACCGUUGCCAGCGGCGAGCCGACUGAGGUGGUGGAGCUGGGGUCGAACAAGCGGCUGAGCAUCAGUCACUUCGGCGGGCGCACCAGCGUAGACCUGCGCGAGUUCUACGACGUAAGCUACAGAGGUGUUGGUGCUGAGAAAGACGGGCAGAAGCUUCCAGGCAAGAAGGGCAUUGCGCUGGCCCCGGCUGACUGGGCCACGAUGUGCGCCGCCCUGCCCGCCAUCAGCUCCGCCCUGGCCAAACGCGACAUGGGCUAUGUGCUGCAGCUCAGCGGCAAGCGGCGUGUGUCCUUGUCCGAAUUCAAGGGUGCGGUGUAUGUGGGCGUGCGCGAGUUCUACGAGAAGGACGGUCAGCUGCUGCCGGGCGCCAAGGGCCUGUCUAUGAACGCGGCCCAGUGGGCGGCGCUGGUGGCGGGCGCGCCGGGCUUCAACGCCGCACUCCAGAGCCAAGAGUAGAGUGGGAGGAGGAGCUGGAGCAGGAUGAGGAGGCAUAUGCGGGACAGCGGGACACCAAGCGUUAGGGUUGGGGUUGGAGUUGAGGUUUGAGGGCUAUAGUGUCAACGGCAGUUGUGGUGUGUGUGUGUGGGGGGGGGGUAGCCAUCCAUGGGAUGGUGUGUAUCAAAUAUGCAGGGGGUGGGCAGUCACGGCUUAGGGCUGCACAGCGUGGAGGGGCAGUCGGCAGUGCUGCUGUGUUGGCCUUGAGGGGAGAGGGUUGUGGGUGGGGGGCCGUGGCCAUUCAACAGACAGGGGCGGGCGGGUUGCCACGCGGGUUGCCCCAUGGGUCAUCACUCCGCCGCUG